GUGCCUGGUGGCACGGCAAUCUCCUCUCAGCUCCAGGAAUGACCCACUACAGAUAAGAUGAAUCACUUAUCACCAGGGGAGCUGUUAAAUAGAUGUUUCUGUGUAGUUAAAUGGUCCUGUUAUGGGUUUGAGGGUGCUAUGCUGGGACCCUCUCAUCACAAUGCCAGGAAGAUAGGUUGAUACAUCUCAAAUCAAAUGUUAUUGGUCGCACACACAUAUUUAGCAAAUGUUAUUGGUCGCACACACAUAUUUAGCAAAUGUUAUUGGUCGCACACACAUAUUUAGCAAAUGUUAUUGGUCGCACACACAUAUUUAGCAGAUGUUAUUGGUCGCACACACAUAUUUAGCAGAUGUUAUUGGUCGCACACACAUAUUUAGCAGAUGUUAUUGGUCGCACACACAUAUUUAGCAGAUGUUAUUGGUCGCACACACAUAUUUAGCAGAUGUUAUUGGUCGCACACACAUAUUUAGCAGAUGUUAUUGGUCGCACACACAUAUUUAGCAGAUGUUAUUGGUCGCACACACAUAUUUAGCAGAUGUUAUUGGUCGCACACACAUAUUUAGCAGAUGUUAUUGGUCGCACACACAUAUUUAGCAGAUGUUAUUGGUCGCACACACAUAUUUAGCAGAUGUUAUUGGUCGCACACACAUAUUUAGCAGAUGUUAUUGGUCGCACACACAUAUUUAGCAGAUGUUAUUGGUCGCACACACAUAUUUAGCAGAUGUUAUUGGUCGCACACACAUAUUUAGCAGAUGUUAUUGGUCGCACACACAUAUUUAGCAGAUGUUAUUGGUCGCACACACAUAUUUAGCAGAUGUUAUUGGUCGCACACACAUAUUUAGCAGAUGUUAUUGGUCGCACACACAUAUUUAGCAGAUGUUAUUGGUCGCACACACAUAUUUAGCAGAUGUUAUUGCGGGUGUAGUGAAAUGCUUGUGUUCCUAGCUCCAACAGUGCAGUAAUAUCUAACAAUUAAGAGUUCGACACGUGGAAAACAUCUUGAAAUUGAUAUGUGGAAAUUCAUCCAAAAUGUUGAGUUCCUUUCUUUGGACACUUGAGCUAAGGGUUGCUCUAUUGCCCGGGGCAAGGGACCUGAACAGUUAUGCAAGUUGAGUCUGAACGCAAAGAAUUGCAGUGGUCUGGUCUUUCUGGUUCCUCCACUGUGUGUAGGUGAAAAUACUUUCCAUGUCCGGGCAGGUGAUCAUCAGGCUUCUUCAGGGCAACAUAAACUACACCUGACUUACCCAAUGGGAGAGAGCCAUCCAGACCCGAUGGAGCACCUGGUGAGUGAGCUGAACAUGCUGCUGAAGCUGCUGGACCAGGAGAGUGUGAGCAGGGCCACAACGGAGAAGAUGAGCACAGUCCGGAGCCUGCUGGGGCAGCUGCAGCCAUCAGUGAAUGGAUCAGACUUCAUAUACAUGAACACUUCUCUUUACGGAAAUGGCACCAGCUUUGUGGAAUCCCUGUUUGAGGAAUUCGACCUGGAUGAGUUCAGACCCUCCCCAGAAGAACUAAAGGAACCGAUUGAGGAGGAGGAACCGGUUGAGGAGGAAACCCCCAAAAUACCGCCCUCAAAAAGUCCCACUGACACCCCACCUCCUCUGCCAACCACCCCUCCCCCAGAGGACUAUUAUGAGGAGGCAGUGCCCCUGGAUCCAGGCACGGCGACCCAAUACAUCACCGCCAACAUCACCAAAAACAUCAGCGCAAGUCCCCCAAAUUCCAUUGAAGAUGCAUAUUAUGAGGAUGCUGACAAUAAUUACCCCACCACCCAAAUCAAUGGCCCGCACAAGAACUCAUACGCUGAUUCAGACGCGCUGAGCAGCUCCUAUGAAUCGUAUGAUGAGGAGGAUGAGGAGGCGAAGGGCCAGGACAGGACUAGUCAGAGGUGGCAGUCAGAGGAGAACUCUGUGGGCCCCAUGAAGGACUGUCGUAUCUGUGCCUUUUUGCUGCGCAAGAAACGCUUCGGCCAAUGGGCCAAACAGUUGACGGUCGUCCGUGACAACAGAUUACAGUGCUACAAGAGCAUUAAAGACAGAAGCCCACACAUUGAGCUGCCGCUGAACCUGUGUAACGUCAUCUACAUUCCCAAAGAGGCGCGCCGCAAGAAGCACGAGCUGCGUUUCUCCCUGCCUGGUGGCGAGGCCUUGGUGCUGGCUGUCCAGAGCAAGGAGCAGGCGGAACGAUGGCUCAAGGUGAUCCGGGAAGUGGCCAGUCAAGCCACCAGCAGUGAAGGAUUAGAGGGCUCAUCCUCUCCUAUGAUCCAGAGGAAGAUGGAGCUGGACAAGUUACUAGGAGCUGACAAGCACACUGUACUGUUGGUUGACAAGCACACCUCUGACUCUGACAGCGUGGCCACAGGUGACAACCUGCCCUCUGGUCAGCUCCGUGACAACUGUGAAGGGAAGGGGAAGAGGGGGGCGUUUUCAGAGCUGACGGGGUCUAUGAGCAGAGCGGCUGGACGGAAGAUCACCAGGAUCAUCAGUUUCUCUAAGAAGAAGCCUCCUCUCCCAGGAGACGCUCCGUCCUCCUACCACCAUGACGACAACCCCCGCUGUGGUUACCUAAAUCUACUGCUGAGCCAGUGUUGGAGGGAGAGAUGGUGCUGUGUGAGGAGUGGAACACUGUACCUUCACAAAGACCGGGGCGACCUGGGUACUCACGUAAGAGCUGUGGUCCUCCAUGGGGCUGAGGUCAUACCUGGAGUAGGGCCCAAUCACCCCUUCGCCUUCCGCAUCCUGCAAGGAGGCAACGAGGUGGCUGCCUUGGAGGCCAGCUGUUCAGAAGAGAUGGGCCGCUGGCUGGGGGUUCUGCUGGCAGAGUCUGGCUGUGCCACCAGCCCUGAGGCUUUGCACUAUGACUAUGUGGACGUGGACACCAUCACUAGCAUCACAGACGCAGCAAGACACUCCUUCCUAUGGGCUACCUCCUCCAGCAGCGCCUCGACAGACUCCAGAACGUAUGACGAGGUUCCUUAUGAGAGCAUAUUGCAGCCAGAGGAGCAGGUGCCCAGACCAGGAGCUCAGGUGAAACACCACUCUUCUUUCCCUAGCAGCAGAGAGACUGAGAAGGUGGACUCCCUAGUCACCACAAAGAGACACUGCUCCAGUAAGUCUCCAGAAGAUGCGAAUCAGCAUAUAUCAGGGAAGUAUGGUAAAACACGAGCAGAGGGCGAUGCCAGGAGGUACCUGAAGGAGAAAGACGAGAUGGAGAAGAAGCGAGAGGUCCUCAAAAGUGCCCUGCUUGUGUUACGCAAUGAGAGGAAAGAGGUGAAGGAACAACUGAAGGACGCUACAGGUAAGCAGCAGAAGCAGCUGGAGAAGCGUUUUGCCCAGCUGGAGGAGAACUGCAGGGCGAAGGAGGGGGAGCGGGUGGACCUGGAGCUGCGUCUCACUGAGGUGAAGGAGAAUCUAAAGAAGUCGCUGGCUGGAGGGGUGCUGGGGCCACCCACAGAGAGCAAACCCCCCAGAAAGGCCCAGAUCAGUAAAGUGGAUCAUCUAUACAGCGAGGCAUCCAUGCCAGUAAACUGUGCUGCUGAGAUGAGGAAGCGUCCCCUAUCCAUCUAUGCAUCUAGCAGAGGGAAUGUCAUGCAGAAAGCCAAGGAAUGGGAGUCGAAGAAGGGGACUUAGAAAGACAAUGCUCAUGCAGAUGGACAGUCUAAUUCUGGUCUUGGAACAUGUUGGAGCUGAUUUGAAAGAGGGGAGAGCAGGUGAAGCAGGCACUCCAUUCUCAACUUUUCCACUCCCCUCUUGAGAGCUCAACAUUUACUGCACUUCGCUGAGCUGAGAAACGUGUGACUGGAGAAGACGAGACACUGAAUCUCUUGGAAUUGUUGUAGAACUCAAAGCACUAUUUCACUUGGAAACGCUGAAUGUUCAUUCUGUGAUUCAGUAAUCGCUUGUGUUGCAUGUGGUACCGUUGUUCCUUCAGACUGUGGAAGAGGAUAUGUUAUGGGGAUUCCAUGUGAAUACAUCAGAGGGCUGGAGAUGGUGAGAGCUGAGUGGUUUGCAGAGGUUGAAUAUGCACAUAUCUGCACGAAAGGACACUAAAGGGAAAUAGAACGUAUCAAUUGUGAGUUUGUUGUUAGAAUAGUAGCCUAAAGGAGAUACUGAAAUACAGUUCUAUGCUGUAUCCGCUAUGCAAGUAACUUCAGAACACAUACAGUAAGCUGGUCAAAGAGGGAGAGGAAACGACUGUUCAUGUAUAUGAAACACUUAUUUCAGAUUGUGAUUUAACAAUUUGGUGCAGCUGGACAACAGACAGAAGAAAAAAAACGAUAGAAUAACACCUGUAUAAAACCAAAUAGUUAAUGUAAUGUGAGACUAAUGACUAAACAAAGAUGUUCCUUUAUUACGUAAUUCACUGACUGUUUCUCAGUGUAAUGAGCCUUUUUACUUUGAAUUACUUUUGCACUUUAUAUUAUUUGUAUUGUACAUUAAAAGCUGUUCAUUGAU